AAGAGUAUUUAGUACUCUUUGAUAUUAGAGAUUCUUUUAAUUUAGAGGAAGCGUCAUUAAACACUGAUAAUAGUAUUUCCGUUAAUACAAAUCAAGGGGUUAAAAAGGAAGGAAUAAAUAUUUUUGGAGUAUUAGGUGGAUAUAAUAACUUAGAAGAGAGAGUAAGAUUUAUCAAAGAGAUCAAUAAUUUUAAUGUAGAUG